AUUCCAUCAUCACUAUAUCAUCUUCUUCCCUUUCUUCUUCUCUUCUGUUUCAAUUCAAGCAUAACCAUGUUGAAAUUGAAUCCUCAAAGAAGCCUAUUAUAUCUGUUCAUCUUAGUUUCCAUAAUUCUUGUAACCUCCUCAAGUAAACCCACAAAGCUAAUCCAAUCUUGUUUACUCCAAAACCAUGUUAUGAACUUCACUGUUUUUCAAUACUCAGAUAACCAGACAUCAGAGUACUACAAACUCCUCAAUUUCUCAAUCCAGAAUCUCCGUUUUACAGAACCCACAUAUCCCAAGCCUAUAGCCAUUGUAAUACCAGAGACCAAAGAACAGUUAGUAGGAACCAUAUUGUGCUGCAGGCAAGGGCCAUGGACAAUUAGAAUAAGGUGUGGAGGACACAGCUAUGAAGGCUUAUCAUCUAUUGCUUCUGAUAGAUCUUCAUUUGUGAUCGUCGAUUUGAUGAAUCUGAAUCGGGUUUCGGUAGAUUUGGUAUCCGAAACCGCUUGGGUUGAAGGUGGUACAACACUAGGUGAGGUAUACCAUGCAAUUGCCAUGUCAAGUGUCUCCCAUGGAUUCUCAGCUGGAUCAUGCCCAACUGUAGGGAGUGGCGGCCAUAUCGCCGGAGGUGGGUUCGGGUUAUUGUCGAGGAAAUACGGUUUGGCCGCCGAUAACGUCGUUGAUGCACUUCUUGUAGAUGCUAAUGGAAGGUUACUAGACAAGGAAGCCAUGGGAGAAGAUGCUUUUUGGGCCAUUCGUGGUGGAGGUGGAGGUGUUUGGGGAGUAGUCUAUGCUUGGAAACUAAGACUGGUUAGUGUUCCACCAAUUGUAACAUGUUUUGUUAUCUCUAGACCAGGCUCAAGAGAUCAGGUAGCUAAUCUAGUUCAUAAAUGGCAACUAGUUUCACCCUUGCUACCAGAUGAUUUUUACUUAUCGGCUUUCGUUGGUGCCGGUUUACCGGAUGCGAAAGGGAUAGGGAUUUCUGUUACUUUUAAGGGAUUCUACCUUGGAACCAAAACAAGUGGUGUAUCUAUUCUAAAAGAAGUCUUCCCUGAAUUGGGAAUUGUCCAAGAAGACUGCAAUGAAAUGAAUUGGAUUGAAUCAAUUGUUUUCUUCUCUGACAUGGAUAAUGGUAGCUCAAUUCCAGAUUUGAAGGAUAGGUACUACCAUAGAAAAGAUUAUUUCAAGGCAAAAUCUGACUAUGUAAGGGUUCCAAUACCUUUAAGGGUCAUUAGGGUUGCCCUUGAAAUACUUGAAAAGGAGCCUAAAGGGUAUGUUAUAUUGGACCCUUAUGGAGGAAAGAUGAGUAAGAUAAGCAGUGAUUCUAUUCCUUUUCCUCAUAGAGAAGGUAAUCUCUUUACCAUUCAAUACUUGGUUUCUUGGAAAGAAGAAGAUAAUGGAAAGAGUGAUGAGUUUAUAAAUUGGAUAAGAGGGUUUUAUGAUUUCAUGUCACCCUAUGUUGCUAAGGGUCCAAGAACAGCUUAUAAUAACUAUUUGGACCUUGAUCUUGGGGUGAUGGACAGUAUGAGUACUGAUGGUGUUGAGAUGGCUAGGGCUUGGGGUGAGAAAUAUUUCCUCCACAACUAUGAUAGAUUGGUUAGAGCAAAGACAUUUCUUGAUCCAAAUAAUGUGUUUAACAACCAACAAGGGAUUCCUCCUAGGUCAACUUUGUCUCAAAUGUGAGAUUAGGAGUUACAAUUCACAGCAUAAAUGUU